CGUGUAGGGAAGUCAGUCAGCCCGCGACCAUCACUGAGGGAACAUUGUCGCUCCCGGGGGCAGCUCUUACUUCAGUCUGAGGGAGGGACCCGGCGUGUAAGAUAACUUUAAGCAGUGUAUCACCUCCCGACAUCAGUUGAAGAACUUGGGUGAUAUACCAUCCGUCUAUAACUGAGGCGGAGAUGGCGAAACUGUGGAGUGUGUUCGUGGUGACUGUGUUGGUGACGUGCAGUGAGGGGCGCACCGUCGACGGAGGGAGGAACGAUGCAGAAAUUCUCAAAGUUCAACAUCCUCUCGCUGGGGGGAUCAUGAAGCUUCCCUUGAUUAAAGCGGAACACGAGAACGACCUGCCACUAGGACUUAACGACAUUCAAGGCGGGUUAAUGGACAAAGGUGAUAAUGACGUAGCGGAGGUUGUGACGACUGCGGUCACCACCACGACCCAGCACACGCCCACUGUCCCUGAGCAUAAUGAUAUUGCGUCUCUCGAUCACGUUGUUGAAAACACUCCAGACGAAGUGACUGAGGAACAUCGUAUGGAAGACGACAAUUUUGACGAAGAUAUUUUUCAAAAUGAGGGAGAUUUGGUGGUCAUCAUGAGACGGAUGUAUGAAGCCUUAACUAGGAGAUUGAACGUGCUCAAGUCUCGCGUCACCAGUGUGGAGCAGACUGCUGGCGAUGUCUUCGCCCGACUCACGGUGCUCGACUGUGCUGAUCUACUUGCGAGAGGGAAGAAAGAGUCUACAGUGUACACCUUUCACAUGGACCACAACGGUAAGAGACCAGUGACCGUCUUCUGUGAUAUGGAGACUGACGGAGGUGGGUGGACGGUCAUACAGAGGCGUCUUCAACACGCCCACGCCACAGACUUCAACCGUGGCUGGUACGACUAUAAGAUGGGCUUCGGCAACGCCUCUAGUGACUACUGGAUUGGCCUGGAAAACAUAUACAUCUUGACGAACACUCGACACUAUGAGAUGCGUAUAGAUCUCACCGACUUCGAGGGUGAGUCUGCCUACGCCCAAUACGACCGUUUCCACAUCGAGAAUGAGGCUCAGGGCUACCGACUUCAUAUUUCUGGCUACAGUGGUACAGCAGGCGACGCUCUGGGCAACGAGGGAAAACCUGACAACUUCACCGCCGACGGGAUGAUGUUCACCACCCACGACGAGGACCAUGACACCUCCCACGAGAUCAACUGCGCCAAGUACUGGAAGAUCGGAGGCUGGUGGUUCAACAGGUGCUCGUGGGCCAACCUAAACGGCCCAUACAAGGAAUCAGGCGACGGCAUUGGCAUCAACUGGCACAUGUGGCGUAACAAGGAAUAUCUCCGCUCAUCGUCCAUCAUGAUCAGGCCAGCGAGGAACUUGUGAGCGCGUCUUCAGCAGCACCGCCAGGAUAGAUAUAACAGAUGGUUCUAGUUUGUCAUAAUGAGGGACAUGAACUGAAUAAGAAGCUGUGGACUUGGACUUUCCCGUGGGACCUAAGGAAAGAUAUUCGCCAUUAGAAUCUAUUGUAAAAUGGAAACUAAAAAUGUUCUAGUGUCCAAAUAGCAUCAUCCAGGUAUUACUUCUAGGAUCUUGAUGUGUUAAAAACAAAAUAUUCAGUUCACCUCCUAGAGUAUCUGAAGCAGGAUAUUAUUUUGCUCAAUUACUGCAGUUCUCGAGAGGGGGAAGGGAGGGGAAUAAGAUACAAUUAUCCAUAAUAAUAACCUAACCUAACCUAACCAUAACUGGAUGACUUAAGAAUAUCUAUAAUUAAAAUACACCCUCUAACGUGCUGUUAACUUACAAAUGUAUCAAUUAUAUGUCGUAAAUACUGAAGCAUUUCUUGUAUAUUCUCAUGUGUACAUUCACUAAUUCUGUAAAUAAUAUUCUUCAUGUCACGAAAAAUAAUGAGUAUGUGAGACUUAGAGUAUAAACGAAAUAAAUAUAUCUUGUUUAUA